AUGCACAACACUUCAGCUGAGUUGGCUUUUAGGGCCUUUAUAGAGGACAGGUUCUGCUUCGCCCUUCCCCUUGAUCUCGUAGACAACAGAAUCGAAGCUCAUGCCCCUAUACGUCAAUAUCAUGAGUCUUUUCAACUAGAGCUGAAUGAGCUUGAAAGCAACCUCGAUACAUCGAAGCCAGCCUAUAUCGUUCUCCGCCGUGGCGACUCGCUCACAUUCAUCACAUAUGUGCCAUACCGUGCCAAGGAAGAACUUCGAAACCUUUUUCUCGAACGCAGACACAGUGUCGUACAACAACUCGGCGCAAGGUAUAUAUCAUACUCAAUUAUAUGCAAGGAAAUUGCGGAGAUCACAGAUGCUCGAUCCUGGGUAGAACGAGACGCAGAGGCUCUCUCAUUGAGUACUAAAAGGAUCCAAUGCGAUAAAAAGGAGUCAUGUGGUUGCUCUGAGCAUAGUAAGAGUGAUCUGGAAGACGUGGAAUACAGGAAGAACAAAUGUCGGCUUUGUGAUCGUCGCAUGAAGAACAAGAUCUCUUCUGAAGCUCUGGAGGCACUGAGGGAGCUACAGACUCCAUGUACAGCCGUGCAGAUGUUCGUUGACGUCGCCACCGAAACUCUCGAACUGAGCUACAUCAGGAACGGCAUCAUCCCCGAACAUGUCGCAGCGACACUCCCGAAUGAUAGGCCCAGCUUUACCUUCUAUCGCCAUCCAGAUACCCAGCUACUCUACUUCAUAUUCCAUUCCCCCGACGAUGCCACAGUCCAGGAGCGUAUGAAGCACAUAAUGGCUAUACCAGGCCUCAUCAACGUUCACUCUCAUGAUCGAAAUGUUCAUGUAGAUCAGAAGAUCGAAAUACACGAUCCAGAUGACUUGGUUUUCGAAGCCAAAGAUGAGCGUAUUGGCAGAUUUAGGAGCGUAUAUUUAAGGAACAAGUUCGAAGGAACGGAGAGCACGUACGACAAUCUGGAAGCAGACAAGACCUUUUAUGACAAGGUCAGAUAG